CCCCAUUUCACCACCACCCCCCCAAACAUUGACCUCACUCAGUCACUUCUCACUGGUAGUACUCUCGUUUGAUCUAAACUAGAAUCUAGCCAAUUCCAUCCCUCGUUCACUUCGCCUUUCAGCUGUUGCUUUCUCAGAGUUCCGCUUGUUUACAGUUUAAGAGGGGUAUCAACCAUGUUUCGUCACGCCGUCACUCGAAGGGUGACCUUCGCUGCACAUCAACGGACCAGCGACGUGGCGCGAUUGGCGUGUCAGCUUCGACAGCUGUCGUGUGCCACGGAUAAACACUCCCAGCCGAAGUCCUCGUUGCCUGUCCCCUUCCUCUCCGCGUCGCGCCGCGCAUUCUCAACCACCCUCCCCCAGCUCACCCCCGCCGCCUCCACAUCGGCGAAGAAGACCACGAUCUCCACGUCCAAGACCACCAUCCGCAAGGCCAAACCCAAGUCGUCGGGGAAGAAAACCGCGCCGAAAAAGCCGAAGAAGAAGGUCCUGACCGAGGAGCAGCAGGCCGCCAAGGAGUCGAAGGGCCAGCGCGAGGAGAUCAAGACCCUGCGGGACGCCGCCCUCCUGGCGACCGAACCGCCGCGGAAGAACGAACGCGCCUGGACGAUCUACCUGAAGGAGCAGGCGCCGAAGGGCGGGAAUAUCACCGAGGUGGCCACGGCGGCGGCGCAGGCGUUCAAGCAACUCACGGCGGCGGAAACGGAGCACUACAACUCUCUCGCCAACGCCAACCGCGUCGCUAACGACCGCGCCUACGACGCCUGGGUCCAAUCGCACACCCCCGAGCAGAUCCGCCUUGCGAACAUCGCGCGCAAGUCCCUCAACCACCGCGCCAAGAGCGGCAAGACGGGGACGGCCCACUCUGCCAAGCUGGUCCGCCCGAUCAAGGAUGAGCGACAGGUCAAGCAGCCGCUGAACGCGCUAAUCCUAUACACCAAGCAGCGAUGGGAGAGCGGGGAUUUGAAGGGGAUUGCACCGAGUGAGGCGAUGAAGUUGGUAGCGGGCGAGUGGAAGGCGCUGGGGGAGGCGGAGAAGAAGAUAUACACUGACAUGCAGGCCGGUGAGGUGGCGCGGUACGAGCGUGAAUACAAGCAGACAUACGGACACCCGCGGCCGGCGAAACCCACUAAAGCAGGUGCCUCAGGCUCAGAGUAAAGGUCUCGUCUUGCUUCAACGCUCUGAGGAACUCGGUGAUCCACUCUAUGUAAAGUAUUAGUACGGUGCAAUGCUCUCUGGCAGUCAUGUUUUCUGGGGCGAAACCGAGUUGGUACGCCAGGUCGGACAGGAGGUUCGGUUAUGGGCGUGUGGAUUAUUUCCCUUUUCUCUUGCAGGAUUCCAUACCCCUUUUAUCCAUAUGUCCACCAAGUGUAGGUUAACAGUAAUUACUGUGCUGUUCGAAUUGGAAUGUCGUCUUCUACCUGGAACCCCCUGACUCGACGAGACACCCAGUGCGAAGGAACAGGUACCGAAAAUAGAAACCAUGAUGAUCUUGGGGGGGGGUGUAGAACAUUGCAUUUGAAAAGACAGCAAAAUCCACUCCUCCAACAC